AUGGCUUCUUCUGUUCUCUUUGCAGACCGCCUCUAUCUCGGUGCCUAUGUUCAUCCUCCCACGGCGGAUACGCUGUUUCCCGGCUCGGAAUCUCCCGUUGCUUCGAGAAAACGAUCGCACAAAACUCUGGACUCCGUUUCUUCGGUGGGCAGUGGUCGUUCGGCGCCGUGCUACUUUACAGUUGAUGAUACGCUUUUGUAUAAUGCCUUUCACCACGACUUUGGCCCUCUGCACAUUGGCCACUUGUACCGAUUUGCUAUUCGAUUUCACGACAUCCUUGGUGCCAAGGAGAACAAGGACCGACCUGUCGUUUUCUGGAGCGCUGCUGACCCGCGGAGCCGUGCAAAUGCUGCCUGUAUGCUGGCUUGCUACAUGGUCUUGAUCCAAAAUUGGCCGCCUCAUUUGGCCCUGGCUCCUAUUGCCCAGGUCGAUCCGCCUUUGAUGCCCUUCCGUGAUGCUGGGUACAGCCAAGCCGACUACGGCAUUACCGUCCAGGACGUUGUGUAUGGUGUAUGGAAGGCCAAGGAGGAAAAGUGCAUUGACCUUGACAACUUUGAUCUUGAAAUGUACGAAAAGUUUGAGCGUGUAGAGCACGGCGACUUUAACUGGAUCACCCCCCAUUUCCUGGCUUUUGCCUCUCCUCAACAUACACCCGUCGCCAAGGUUACCGAAGAUUCUGAGCUCUGGCCAUUGCUACCGAGAGAUUUGGGUGCCGUGGAUGCCCAUCCAACCCUGCCACAGCCUUUCAAGAACGUCUUGAAGCACUUCUCUGAGAAGAAUAUUGGAUUGGUUGUCAGGUUGAACUCACACUUGUAUUCUCCGUCCUACUUUGAGGCUCUGGGCAUCCAGCAUCUUGACAUGAUCUUUGACGACGGAACGUGCCCUCCACUCACAACUGUCCGCAAGUUUAUUCGGUUGGCGCACGAGACCAUCACCGUGAAGAAGAAGGGUAUUGCGGUGCACUGCAAGGCUGGCCUGGGCCGAACCGGCUGUCUCAUCGGCGCAUACUUGAUCUACAGACAUGGCUUCACCGCCGACGAGAUCAUCUCCUUUAUGCGCUUCAUGCGACCCGGUAUGGUUGUUGGUCCCCAGCAGCACUGGUUACAUCUCAACCAGGGUACAUUCCGGGAGUGGUGGGUUGAGGAGCGCGUUGAACGUCGUCUGAGAAGGGAACUUGCCGCCGCCAAUCCUGCUCCAAGCACACCCAUCAGAGCUAUGCAGAAGACGAGCCUGCGCAAUGGUCAAAUGUCUACCCCUCCGAAUCGCAGCCCAUCGAACCGCACACCUCUCAGUGAAGUCGACCAGGACCGCAAGAAUGGUGCACAGGAGGACUACCUUCCAGCCCCUACUCCUGGACAACCUCGGAAGUCUACGCGGGCUGCCGAUCGCCACCAUCCCUAUUUUCGAUCAGGUGCCACUCACAGACCCAGUAUAGAAGAAGAGAGAGAAGGCCUGAAUGAGACCGAAAUAGUGGCCAUGCACCGUUACACGCAGGGCUCGGAUUCUGACGAAGAGUUGCAUGUUCGCAUGCGCAGCCACCGUAAGGCAUCAGCGUCACCCAGCCGCGAGAGGGUCCGCGCAGUCAGCCAGACAACGUCGACAAUUUAUCUCAUUGAUAACGACGCCUCACAUGAUGCAGAGAACAUUGGCUCAGGCCGAUCAAAGACCGUGGAUCGUGUUGCUAGUACACCUAGCGUCAUGACCAGGGUCCGUGGCAGUAAGCGUGCCGGAUCCGAGUCUCCCUUGCGAGCCAAGGACUCUGCUGGAAUUCGAAAGACGAGCGGCCGUGUUGGCAGCUCCAGCAUGUCUGUGUCAGCCUCAGCUAUGUCUACGGCACGUAAAGUCUCCGGGUCGUCAUAG